GCCUCUGUCAGUGCAAGAGCAGAACUGCAAACUCAAGAUACCUUGCAGCGUGUUACAUCCCAGCAUCUCUCAUUGUGCUGGAGGAUUGCAAUCAUCAUGCUAUCAACAAUCUGGCUUCUGCUCUUCUGUGGGAUUAUUUCAGAACACCUUGCAAGUUCACAGAAAUCGACAAAAGUAAAAAAGAAUAACUUGAAAGUGCACAUAAAUGCGACUGGAAACACACUUGUUAUGAAGUUUCUUCGUCCAAAUGAAAACCUGAAACUUGAAGGCUUCGUAUUGGGAUAUGGGAGCAAUUUUUUUUCAAACCAAUAUAUUCAGUGGCCAGAAAAUGGAAAGUCUUACGUAACAGAAGUUGAUGCAGAACCACGAUAUUUAAUUGCUUUGAAACCCAAUGAGAAUAGUAAGAAGAGUUGCAAAGAGAAGAACUCUGCUAUGAAACCUCUCCAACUGGUUGUUGGCACCUUGACCCCAACAUCAGCAUUCCUCUCCUGGGGCAUCCUCAUAAAUCCACAGAUUGACUGGUCUGUUCUAAACAAAUGUCCAAAUGACAGAUUUUAUACAGUUCGCUACAGAGAAAAAAAUAAAGAUUGGCUGUACCAACUCUGCCCAACAACUGAAAUAGUUAUUGACAGCCUAAAGCCAAGUACUAUGUAUGAAUUUGGCGUGAAGGAUAACACAGAAAAUGGAAUCUGGAGCAAAUGUUAUAAUCACAAGACAAUCCCUAAGAGUAAGGAAAAUGGACAUAUCCAAAGUACCAUUAAGAUUUCAAAAGCCGUCCUUGAGAUCGCUCCAGAAGAUACAAAAGCAUUAAUUCCUGUAACUAUGAUUAAGCAAGGAUUUUUGAAUCUUACACAUUUUAUUCAACCUAAAACCACAAGUGAACCUACAACAACUGAAAAACACAAAGCUACAGAACUUCCCUCAGCACCCAAAACCACAAAAAGACCUGACACAGAAGUCUACAAACCAGCAGUGACAAGUCAACCAAUUGUGGAAUAUUUAACUACAGAUUCGCCGUCUGGUGUUCUAGAAUUGGUCAGAGGAACAAUGGAAUCACUAGACUCUCAGUCUGUUUAUCCCUCCUCUAAAAUAUUUACAUAUGAUAACCAAGGAGAACCUCAGAAUAACCCUGUGAUGGAUGUUUCACCAGAGAUUUAUCCAAUAUCCACUGAUGUUCCAGAAGUGAACUCUAACAUACCUCUUGAACACCAUGGGACAACAGUGGGUCUGUCUUCGAUUCCACCAACAUUCUUGCCAUCUGCAAGUGUAACUUGGAAGAGUAAUGAAGAAGAAACCAGUUCUAUACAGGAAAAAUAUGAACCUUACACUGAAGAUGAUUUAGACAUUACAGAAAACCCAGAAACUGGCAAUGGUCUUCAUUUAGUCCUAUCAACCAAAACUUCUGGUCUGGAAAUAACAAAGAAAAUGCCUGCCCUCAUAGAGCUAACAAGUUCCAAACAGGGUCCGCCUUUGGUACAAUCAACAUUUUCUCCUACUGCAUAUGUAACAAGGAAGACAACACCUGCCCCUGAGGAUCCAACCAGUUUAACACAGGGGAUUUUCCCAGAAUCCCCAGAUGAUAGACAAGUGAGCCCUUACACACCUUUUGAACAGCUGAGGACUACAAUGGGUCUACUUUUAAACCCACCAACAUCAUCUCCUGCUCUGGACCUAACAAUGAAAGUAACAUCUGUCCCUGGAGUACAAACAAGUACCAGUCAGGCUGAGAAUUAUCCAGAGUCUGCAGAUUUACCACGACAAAGCACUUACAUGCCUGUCAAACAGCAGAGUACAACCAUGGCAGAGAUUGUUCCAGAAUCUACAGAUGUUCCACAAGUGAACACUGACAAACUUCACACACAUUAUAAGACCACAGAGGCUGCCAGAGAGAAGCAGUCGGUAUAUAUUCCGGCUACAAUAUCCAGCUGGGAAAAACAACAAACUCCCCAUGAAUCUUCAAUUCAACCAGAUAUUUACAGUAGUCCACUCUUUCAAACCAAAUCAAGCCCAACUGUUGAAUUGGUAAAAAGUCUACCAGUACCUACCAAAUCUCAUCAUAUUGUUAAAACUGAAGUGCCUGUUGUCCCACAUGAAAUGCCAUAUCUACAAACCUCCAAACCCAGCCCUAGUACUGAAGCACCACAGAUGGAAGCUGACACCACACAGUCAGUUUCUGAGACAAUUACAACUGAGGAAAAUUAUACCUUUGAACAGGAAAGAGUUGUAGCAACCGCUGAAGAGCAAUAUUUUCAAGAGCUUGGAACUGUAUCAAAGCCACAAACAAGUCCAACAACUGCAACCACUGAAGAGCUGUAUGUUCAAGAGCUUGGAACUGUAUCAAAGCCACAAACAAGUCCCACAACUGUUUUUAAGGAAUCUCAAGCAGUCAGUGUUGUAGAAGAAGCCAGAACAACCGAGGUUCAAACGGAAACAAUAAAAAUAUCUUCUUCUCCUUCUGCACCCAAAGAAACUCUGGCAACUGAAAACCCUGUCCCAAAACUUGAUCCUAAAGAAACCCACCAUGUACCCAUUAAUCUUAUAACACUCCAUUUAUUUGGUGAUCCUGAUCAACCUCUUGAUACAACUUUAAAAAGCAUUUCUCCUAAACUCAGAACUACAACUGAAAGUCCUUCUUCAACUGCUGUUCCUAUGACAAAGAAAAGGAUGCCUAUAAACCUUAUUAGACUGCAUUUAUUUGAAUAUCCUGAAGCCACAGAUACAACUUUAAAAAGCAUUUAUCCUAACCCCAGAACUACAACUGAAAGUCUUUCUUCAACUGCUGUUCCUAUCACAAAGAAAAGGAUGCCUAUAAACCUAAUCAGACUGCAUUUAUUUGAUUAUCCUAAAGCCACAGAUACAACUUUAAAAAGCAUUUCUCCUAAACCCAGAACUACAACUGAAAGUCCUUCUUCAACUGCUGUUCCUAUCACAAAGAAAAGGAUGCCUAUAAACCUAAUCAGACUGCAUUUAUUUGAUUAUCCUAAAGCCGCAGAUACAACUUUAAAAAGCAUUUCUCCUAAACCCAGAACUACAACUGAAAGUACUUCUUCAACUGCUGUUCCUAUGACAAAGAAAAGGAUGCCUAUAAACCUAAUCAGACUGCAUUUAUUUGAUUAUCCUAAAGCCGCAGAUACAACUUUAAAAAGCAUUUCUCCUAAACCCAGAACUACAACUGAAAGUCCUUCUUCAACUGCUGUUCCUAUGACAAAGAAAAGGAUGCCUAUAAACCUAAUCAGACUGCAUUUAUUUGAUUAUCCUAAAGCCGCAGAUACAACUUUAAAAAGCAUUUCUCCUAAACCCAGAACUACAACUGAAAGUCCUUCUUCAACUGCUGUUCCUAUGACAAAGAAAAGGAUGCCUAUAAACCUAAUCAGACUGCAUUUAUUUGAUUAUCCUAAAGCCACAGCACCAAAACCAACACAAAGGGUACCAAUUAAUGAUAUUAGCCAUCAUUUAUAUGGAGAGACGGAAGUAUCGUCGGCUCCAAAUACAGCACAACCUCCUCCUCUGCUCAAAACAACACAAAGAGCUGAAACUCCACAAACCAAACCUGUUCCUAAUGAGACGCAAAAGGUUUUCCCUUACAAACCCAAAAAAUCUCAGCCGACUGCUCAGCCGCGUAAACCUGCAUCCACAGAAGCACCAAAGGAUUCCAUUAAACCUAAAAUUCCACAGCAAACUCCUGCGCCCACAUUUGCUCCAAAUACAGCACAACCUCCUCCUCUGCUCAAAACAACACAAAGAGCUGAAACUCCACAAACCAAACCUGUUCCUAAUGAGACGCAAAAGGUUUUCCGUUACAAACCCAAAAAAUCUCAGCCGACUGCUCUGCCGCGUAAACCUGCAUCCACAGAAGCACCAAAGGAUUCCAUUAAACCUAAAAUUCCACAGCAAACUCCUGCGCCCACAUUUGCUCCUUACAGACCGCAGCAUAGUUCUUCCAGACCAAGGACAUCCGUCGGACCUAGAAUCAGACUUGGUGGCAGAUCAAAACUUCUUGGUGUUAGUAGAAACAUUUCAGUGGAAGCAAACACUACCAUCAGAAGAAGAUAUUCAGGAACAUCACCACCCUUCUCUCCUGUCCAGCCAACACGCAAAAGACUAAUUUCCACCAAUGUGGCAGGCCGACCAGGCAAUGUUUUGAUGCCACGGGCACCUUCAACUGCCCAACCAAAUCGUACAACAGUGUCUAUAAAGUCCCCAAUGCAACUACCAACAUCAGCUCCUCCUGAGGAUACUGUUGAAGCCACUGUGUUCAGUCCAACUCCAAAAUCAGAGAUAGACGCUCUCGGGAAAAUCAGAACCACAGGACCACAUAUAAAGUAUAUGGGCAAAAACGAGUCAGUGCCAUGCUCGAUCACAGAAUCUCUGAGGUAUUUCCCAACAGAAGAGGCAACAAAUCAAGAAAUUGUCAGCCGCCCAAUGAAUCCACCAUCUAAUCUCACUAUAGUCACUGUUGAAGGAUGCCCAUCCUUUGUCAUUUUAGAUUGGGAACACCCUGAGAAUGAAACAGUUACUGAAUAUAAAGUCAUUUCUACCGAAAAUGGGGCACCACCAGGAAAGGACCAGUCAAUAAUAACUACAAAUCAGACAUUUUCCACAGUGGAAAAUCUAAAAGCUAAUGCAAGUUAUCAGUUUCUUGUGGUACCAUCAAAUCCUCUUGGAGAAGGACCAGCCAGUAACACAGUGGAAUUUAGUACAGAAUCAGCUGAUCCUAGAGUGAGCGAGCCUGUUACUGGAGGAAAGGAUGCUAUCUGGACAGAAAUUAAAUUUAAGUCAGAUUCCUAUUCAGAAUGCAAAGGGAAGCAGUUUGUGAAGAGAACCUGGUACAAGAAAUUUGUAGGAAUCCAACUCUGCAACUCCCUGAGAUAUAAGAUUUACCUCAGUGACUCCCUUUCAGGAACAUUUUACAACAUAGGGGAUCAGUCUGGUUUUGGAGAAGAUCACUGUCAGUUUGUUGAUUCAUUCCUGGAUGGAAGAACAGGACAGCAACUGUCACCAGAGCAGCUGACAACAAGAAAAGGAUUUUACAGAGCAGUGCGCCAACAACCUGUUGAAUUUGGAGAAAUUGGAAGACAUUCCCAAACCAGAUAUGUUCAUUGGUAUGAGUGUGGUAUAGCAAUACCUGGGAAAUGGUAGGAAGACUGCUGACUGCUGAAGAACAAUUCCACUCACCUGGUUCUGAAUUCCCAUUCUACGUAAGGGAAACGUGCUAGCUUUAUUUUAUCCUUGUCUACUAAUGUAAAAUAUGUAUUAAAUAAGUAUAAGGAGAUUAUAAUGGAGUAAACAUUUUUUAGAAUAGGCUGCUUCCAUAUUUAUCAGAUUUAUCAAUAUAAGAAAAUUAUAUUGUCUUCAUAGGAUAAAAUCUCGGGAAGCUGGCUCCCUGUUUUGGUAUUUUUAAGAAAAAGCAGUGUCUAUAUUAUUUAUCACAAUGUUGUAAUAAUAUUGAGGCAAUGUUCAUUUAGUUGCGUUCAAGAGCAUCAAGAGGAAUGCUUUUUUUUUUCACUAAGCAUACUGCUUAAACAAUGAUCAUUGUCUAUUAUCAACAUUUUCCAUGUAUUAAUUUAUUUAAUAAAAUUGUCAUAUGGAUAAAUUGCAAAGAUGAAGCAACACGAACGUUAGAAUCUCCCUGAACGAAAAAUUAUACCCAGCGGGUCAUUCUAGAUACUAGAAAUAAACCACCUUUUGCAAAUGGCGCUGGGGAAAUGAAGAUGAGCGAUGCUUCAAACAAGGCAGGUACUUAAAAACAGUCUUUUGUGCAAGAUAUUUUACAUUAAGCUAUAGAUAUCGAUAUUUUAACAAAAAGCAUGUGGCUUAGUAAAAAUGAGUAACUUUCUACAGAAUGUACAGUAUAUCCUGAAAAGCUUUAUUUCCAGUGAAACUUGAUUUUGUAUAUGAAAUGCAGUAUAUGAACUCUAUAAUAAAGACAUUUGUUUUUUUGUAA